UUCUAACCUAAAAAGUCUUGUUGACAAUUAGUAAUUUAUUUUUCCAUAUAAAAAUAAAACAGAUAUGCCAUCGAAAAAAAGAAAAUACAAUGCGAGAUUUCCUGCGGGUCGAAUUAAAAAAAUUAUGCAAACAGAUGAAGAAGUUGGAAAAGUGGCACAGGCAGUACCAGUUAUUAUCUCUAGAACCUUGGAACUUUUCGUGGAAUCGCUUUUAACAAAAUCAAUGCAGAUAACACAAGCCAGAAAUGCUAAAACAUUAACUCCAUCCCACAUGAAGCAGUGUAUAUUAUCAGAGAGUCGAUUUGACUUUUUAAAAGACUUAGUGAAAAAUAUUCCUGAUGCUAGUGUACAAGAAGACAAUGAAAAUAAUGCUAUUUGUGAGGAGAAUUCAGAGAAAAAUGAAGGUGAUUCGGAUGAUGCUGGAAAUUCAAUGGAGGUUGUUACUUCGCCAGAAGCAGGUUCUCCUGUUCAAGUCACCGCAAAUUAUUAUAAUGAACAGAGUACUUCUACUAGUAGAACACCAGUAAUUCAAUACGGACCAAAAAUUGCACAAGAAAAUAAAAAAAUAAAUUUUUCUGUAAACAGUUUAUUAGGACAAAAAGAUGAACCAAAACUUCACAUUACAAUAGCUUCAGAACAGUUAUCUAUCCCUUCAGUAGUUUCCACACCCACAAAUAAAUCUACCAAUAGUGUGCCACCAAAAGUAGCAAGUACUGAUAAUAUUCCACCCCUUAUUCCUAUCUCAAAUGCUUACUGUCAAAAUUCUGGUGACAACUUAUGUAUUGAUGAAGAUUACGAUAACUGAAGGUAAGAUUUUUUUCACAAUGAAACGAGUAAAUACAAUGUACUAUUUUUUUUGUAUAUUUUAGGAUAAUUCAAAUACUGUUUUACACAUUAGUUUUUAAUAAAAUUUGGAGAUUUGUCAGUAUAUCAAAUAUUUUAAUAAUUUAUGUA